AUGACUGACAACAAUCUUGCUGGGCCUUCCAAUCGGGCUCUAUCUCAUCAGCCAAUCGAGGAUGGAUACUGGGAUCUUGCCAAGAAUCGUGACCAUCUUCAGAUGCGGGUGGAAGUCAAUGGACGGAUCCCCUUUCAACGCGUCCAUCUUUGGAGUGCAGGGGAAGAGGCAAAGACCGGCAGCGGCCGGAUGAAGACAUCAAAUGAACAAUACAAGCCGUCGACACAUGGACCUGCUGUAACUCCAUGUCCCAAGGCGCCCGCUGGGGCAGAGCUCGUCAGUGAUCGAAAGGUCACCAAGGAAUACGUCGAGGUGGGAUUGGUUCCCGGAGACGACCCCAAAAAGUACUCAAACACAGGGACUUCUACCAAGAGCACUUCAGCUAAAGGAAAGGGGAAGCAGACAAACCCCGUCAUUCUUCGACGUGACGAAAACGCAUUGCGGGCUUACAUUCCGGUCUCUGAGAAGCUCAACCCCCAAGCCAAAUUCUACGUCGGAUGCAAGUUUUUCAACGGACGGCUCUCACCCGCACUCAUUCCUGGCGAGACCAUCUUCUUCUACUCCGAGUUCUAG